AUGAGCACUGUUGCGCUUCCGCGCCUAUCUCCUCUUCCCCCCAUCGCAACUCUUUCAAGGAACGACCAGUAUGAGGUCUACACGUGGCCCUAUCCGAAGCAGCGGCAGCUGGAGCGACAGGAGCAGCGGUGCCCGCAGCAGUUUCAGAAGCUGCAGCAGCAACAACUUCUGCAGCAGCUCCGCCAGCUGAGCUGGCUACGCUUCAACAAGCAAUGGCUACCUGAGUGCCACCUUCCUACCAAGCAGGAAGGACACAUGGCCGCUAAGAGUAGUGGGUUCCUGCCAAGGACCCCCGAGGAGGCCUCCGGUGGUCGUCAACAGGCGCCCAGAGCCUCUACUAGCACUUCCAGCUCCCUAAGAAAUCAGGAAUCUCCGCAGAUGAAUCCUGAGGCUCUGCAUGACAUUGUUGAGGGGAGCCAUCAGCACGAUGGCUUCACAACCCCUUGUGAAACCACACCAGCUGCAUCGCCAUCGAUUCCUCUUGCUAGAGAGCCCGACGCUCCCGGAACCCCUACCCAACGAGCAGCAGUAAUAAUGCGGACACAAGGCGCGGCAGCAUUUAAUCUUUCUGGAUCUGGGGAGCUGCUGGCUAGCCCUCCCACACGGUGCAUCCAAGGGGACCCCAAACAACUUCCAGUUCCACAAACACAGAUGACUUCACAGCCCCUUGUGAAACCGCCCCAAACGCAAGAAGAACAGAAGCACCAGCAACAACAUCGACAGAAGCAAGAGCAGAAAAAGCAGCAGCAAGGGCUACUUCUGCUUCCCCUGGCCUUGCCUUUGGGGGAACGCUGUGCCGAUGGCUUUUGGCCCGGGAACCUGGCGCGGCGGCCCUCUGCUGAGAUGAUGCAGCAUCUCAGAGUCGCAGCAGACAGGCAUCAACUCCCCAAUGGCGCACUCAUUUCGGUUCCCUUAAGUCCUGCAACACCAGCAGGAACAAUAAGAGCAGCUCAAGAUGUGCCAGCUGAAGUAACUACAGCGGGAAGGGGAAGGGCGACUCCCGUUGCGGUGGUUGCUUCACAGAAAAUCAGUGGCGACAGCACGAAGACAGGGACAGUGAACAACGACUGCGGCGUCGCGGAUGGCAGGAAGAACGGCCGCAGCAACAGGAUGAACAACAACAGCAGUUGGCUAGGAACAUCACUGCCUAGGACCGGCGGCAUUCCCCGUCCUGUAGCAGGGGUCCUCCAACCCCGAGGGGAUUGCUCUGUUGGCCCUUGUGAUGCCGUUUCCGCUUCAAGAUCUGCGGCAACAUCAUCAUCAACAGCAACAGCAACUGGGGCAAUUGCCCGAACGGAAGUGUGUGCAACAGUGAAUUUCACAUCUGCCAAAAAGACUGGAGCACCGGAUGGCCCUGUACACGGCGCGUUGGAGUGUCCGGUAGAGCCCAGGAGCAGCAGGAAUUACAACAGAAGCAGCAACGACAAUAGCACUAACAGCGUGCAGAGGCUGUGCUGUGAUAUCGGUUCUGUUGAGAAGGCCUCUUCAGAGGUUCUCAAGUGUUCCAGAGGCCUACAGAGGCAACCACGCAACGCUUCGACUCUCGAUGCACUCGUUCCCUCCAAUGUGGGCUUUGACUCUAACACUAGUAUUCAUUUGCGAGAACAACAAGGAGUGCAGGAUCUGGUGCAACAACCUCCACAUAAACAACCAGACAUGCUGCACGAGAAGACAAACCAAUCGCAGCAAGAACCGCAGGGUCAGAAGCAGCAGCAGAGACCUCGGGAGUUUGUUCGACGUCUCGCCUUGGGUUUACUAUUGGGACACAGGGCUGGCGGGAAGGAACGGCGUGCAUGGCUCAGCCGCUGCAAUAGCAGCAGCAGAAUAAGCCAAGCGCAGCAAGAGCAACAACUGCAGCACCGGCAACAAGAGCAACAGCGGCGACAACAGCAAAAGCAGCAGGAAGAUGGAGUUGACUGGGAGGCGUGCUGUCUACUGCAGCCAGCAGACGAGAAAAAGGGCGGACUUGCUGCUACCAGCCGCAGCAAUAGCAGCAGUGGGACCCGGAGGGCACCCAGCAGGCUGCAACGAAUGGCCUUUUCAUUUGGUUGCUUUGGAGAGGCAUCACAGCGUAGGACAGAGGCUCAGCGAGAAGACUGUAGGUCUUUAACCCCCUCUCAAUACAGAGCUUGGCGGAAACAGCAGGAAGCAUAUGCAGAUGAAGGUUCACUUUUCCCCCGAGGUCUUGCCAACCUAAAGAACACCUGCUUCCUCAAUGCAGCUCUGCAAGCCUUAGCGGGCAUUCCUUCCUUUGUAGCGUCACUCCAGGCUGGCCUGCCGCCAGAGCCGGCUGUUAGAGAUGCGCAGUGGAAGGAGAAUCCCAAGGCCUACUAUGCUUUUCAUGACGGAAAUACGGGGGCAGCGAGUGCCACUGCAGCUGCUGCGUGCAGCAGCACCACGGCAUCACGGGACAGCGAAGAAGCAAGAUGCCAACAGGCGCAGCAACUCCAGCACCAAUCAGAUCAACAAGCGCAGCAGCAAAAGGAUCUGUUGCAGCAGUAUCUAUUACGGCGCCAAGAGCUCUUGCGCCGCCUGCGCCUGCAGCAAGAGAGGAGGGAGAAACACCAGCCUGAGUGCCUUGGCUCCCUUGACGAGAACCAACGGCGGCUGCUUCUUAGGGAAUUCUUCACCCUGCUCUGCAGAUUGACUUGCUGCCCGAGCAUUCGGCCGCAUGGGAGCGCAGACGAAACCUCUCCAGAGGAUUUAGCUGCUCAGAGGCCAAGGGAAUCAAACUCAGCUGCUACAUACAAGCCAGAGCAGCAGCAACAGGAGCAGAGGCAGCCGCAUAAUGCGCCUGUCUUGCAAUACGAUACUAUUCGGCCAGAACGGCUGAGGAGAGCCCUUGUUGCGCCGCUUGCGGGCCUUCUUUUAAACGACUGUAACAUGCAGCAGCAACAGGACUGCCACGAGUUUUUAAGGGGCCUUAUCGAUCUUAUCCACGAAAUUUUCAAAGCUUCCAGAUGGGAGCGAGAGGAGGCAGCGGCGGCAGAACAGUUGCUGCAACUGCAGGCCAUUUCUCCUGUAGAUCUGGAGCCUUGGGCUCUUUCGUCUUUCAGCUCUCUCCGUCUCCCAUUAGCUGUCGAUGAUGAUCAGCAAAUGCAGUACCAUAAGAAGCAGAUUCACGCGCAGCCAACUGGCAUUCCGACUGAGGACAACGAAGCCAGUGAGCCUGGCGAAGCAGUAGGAGGCGAUGCGGGUGAUGCAGAACGUGCGGAAAAGAAGUGGAGGGAAUACAUACGAGAUCAAGCCUCCCCCAUGGCAGAUUUCUUCGCUGGACAGCUCUGCAGCGAAAUUCAAUGCGCGGGAUGCCGCCAAUCCUUGUUUAUAUAUGAACCCGCGUGGGAUUUGUCUUUACCGCUUCCCAUGGAUGGAAACAGAGUAUCUUUAAAUAAUUUACUGGAGGGUUUCUUUGGCUCCGAAGAGCUGGAGUUCAGCUGUAGCAGCUGCCACAGCCCUGCUUGCAAGGCCCAUAGGACAAUCAGAUACACGCACCCACCGAAAGUGCUGUUACUGCAAAUAAAACGGUUUUCCGCCUCCGGACAAAAGCGACGCACUCGCGUUGAGUAUCCUCUUGAGGAGCUCGUCAUUAAAACAAAGGGGAGAUUUGUGAUUCCUGUAGCACUUCCCCCCUCAACUGCGGAGGCAGCUUCAGGACGACCUGAGACCCCUAGAAGCUCUGCUUGCUCUCCAUCAGAAUUCCUCAAGCGCAUCGGUAUUUUAAAGGGCUUCUCGAGCUUUGCAUCCCAUUCUCUGCGGCAUCCUAAUGGCCCUUCGACCGCACCUCUUUCGGGCCCAUCUCCAAGGGAGCCUCCUCAUGAAUCGCCGUUCAGGCCGCCUCGACAGGCAAUGUCAUUUGAAGGGAUGGCCGACGAUGGCACGGAGAGUGUCAUUCUAUUUCACGAAGCUUACGCGCGUUUUAUCGCCUUCCUUCUUUGCAUCAUGCCAGAUGAGAAGCCUAGGCCCAAUCAAAACAUAGCAAAUCCGGUUGCGCUUUCUUUUCUGCUGCAGUGGUUUCGCUUUGACGACGGCUUGGUGCUGCCCGUUUCGGAGGCAGAAGUUUUUUCUGCAGAGGCAUAUUGCCUUUUUUACAGCAGAACAAACGACACAGAGAAACAAUGGAGUACAGCCUCCAAACAGGAGAGCUAA